UACAUAAACCGUUGGGGAACCUUUUGAGUUUCUCGGCUGCGCACGCGCUCUGCUGUCCGUUAUUCCGGAAACACCUGCCUCGUCACUGUUCCUUUUAAAAGGCACGGAGUGAUGUAAGUACGUGGACAAACAAACAUGCUGAGAUACGCGCUGGGCGCGUGCUUGUCUGUUUUAGCGGGGGUGCUGUUUUUCCCUCCCGACUGGUCCGUUGGUUGGGGAGGGGAGUCACAGAAGGCGGCCCCGGCGCGGCUCCUGAGCAGGAGUGACCUGUCUUUAUACGACGGAGCAAAGGGCAGCAGGGGCCUGUACCUGGCCAUUCUGGGCCAGGUGUUUGACGUACACAAAGGACACAAGCAUUAUGGACCCGGGGGUGGUUAUCACUUCAUGGCAGGGAAGGAUUCCUCCUUGGCUUUCAUCACUGGAGACUUCACUGAAAGUGGCCUGACUGAUGAUGUCUCCAGUUUGUCUCCACUAAAGGUGGUGGCCCUUUAUGACUGGCUGGAUUUCUAUCACAAAGAAUACCAGCAUGUUGGGUUGGUAGUGGGACGGUUCUACGAUGAGACUGGACAGCCCACAGAGGCCCUGCUGGCAGUUGAAGCAUCACUGGCAGAGGGCCAGAAACUGAAGGCCCAAUCAGAAGCCGAGAAGAUUCUCUUUCCUCCUUGCAACUCCGAGUGGAGCUCAAGUCGGGGCAAAAGAGUCUGGUGCUCUACUAAAAGUGGAGGAGUGAACAGAGACUGGACUGGCGUACCACGAAAGUUCUUCUCCCCAGGUUCCGGUCAUACACGGUGCAUCUGUAUCAAAGAUCCAUCUGCGGCAGCAGAUCACCCCGACAUGCAGAAAUAUGACGGCUGCCCUUCAGAUGCCGAGUCAUGCAUGGUGGCAGACUAAGAAAAACAGGCCCAAUUCAUUCACGAUUACAGCGAACCUUUUUUUUUUUUUAUAUAUGUAUAGAUAUCAAACAGAAUAAAGACAUUUUACU